CUGAGAUUGGAGGGAGAAACAGUCAGAAACUGAGUUUUCAGAUAUUGUGUACAUAUGACAGCCCCUCCUCAGGAGUCUGACUAUACAAGAACUCUAUCCAUGAGCCGCAUCUCACUGGACACCUUCACCUCUUACUUUGGAUGUGUCCUGCUGUUUCAUGUGAGGCUGAAGACAUAACACAGCUUUGUGUCAAGGGAAUUAAACUGCAACUGUACUGGUAACCUCGAGGUGCGUACUAGAUUUGUCUUGAGUGCCAAAGAAAUGAAGUGUCUCGGACAGGGAGAGCCCAGCCCUGAAAAGCAAUGUCAUUAUCCAACGUCUGUGUACGCCUGAUGGGGCUGAGGAGUGGACGCACUGGCCAAGCAGAUCUGCGGAGAAGAGGAAGGAGGCAGGUUUCCAGGAAACUUGUGCAUUGAUGGAUAGCCAUUUCCCUGUUUCAGCUCUUGUACACCGAUACCUGCACAUUCUCGUCAGUGUACACAAUCAAGUUUGGACUUUAUAGGAGCUAAUAAAACCGAGCUGUCAUUUCAACCACAACAUCAUUGCUCUGACCCAGAAAAGGAAAAUAAUAUGAUGUGCACAAUAUGGAUUUUUUCUGGAAGUGACAGUUUUGGUAAAUCAUACUUGUGACUAUGGACAUUGCCUUCUCUGUGUAUAUGAGGAGAAAAGCAUAGAUAUCUGCAGCCACUGCUAAUGUGCACUACCGAAACCAUGGUGGUCCAUGCAUCAGCUUCUCAGCCCAUCUCAGUCCAUGACUACAGAAGCCUUUAGAGGCCAGGAUCAGGAACACGCUUGCCAGCCAACAUAUACAACUCAUAUGCAAUGGAAGAAGACAUUGAUGUCGCAUCCCACACUGAGGGCCUGAAUGGUUUGCCCCGUGAAUGUAAACCAUUAGAGGAUAUCACCAAUGGACACUCCAACCAUAAGCCUGUCAUGAAUGGACUCGUGAUUAGUCAUAGUGUCAAAGACCAGACGAACGGCAACGCACCACUCAGAUCCCUGCCGAUUUCAGCCCUGAAGCAGAAUGGUCUUCUGCAGACCCUGACAGCUGGAGCGACCCAGCCUCAGCCUGAAGAGGAAAAUGUGGAGUUGGAAAAGGCCCGAGAAGAGUGGGAGGCUCUGGAGAACGUCCAACCAGCUGUCACUGAGGACUCAAACCCAACUCCGCUCAUCUCCUUCAAUGAAGCGCUGCAGUACUUCCAAACCACGGACCUCGGGGACUUGCUGAAGAACAUCCAGCCAACCAUACGCAGGACAGGUCUGGCCGCUAUUUCACAUUUCCUCUUCGGACCGCCACGGCUGCACAGGGAACUCCUGGAGGAGAGGGAUUUGGUCUUUGCCAUCGCACAGUGCCAUGUGGACAACAGCCAAGCAGUCCACAUGCGUGUCCUCCAGACCAUUUAUAAGAGGCUGAUUGGCAGCAGGCUGGACUGUCCUCGCUUUGGAGCACACUGGGAAAACAUUGGUUUUCAGGGUACCGACCCAGCCACUGACUUACGUGGCACUGGUUUCCUUGGACUGAUGCAUACGCUGUACUUCGUCAUGGACCCAGAGACUCUGCCGCUGGCUAGAGACAUCUACAAGUUAUCACAACACCCUACACAGAACUUUCCAUUCUGUGUGAUGUCAAUCAACAUGACGCGCAUCGCUCUGCAAGUGCUCAGAGAGGAAGCCAUGUCCAAGGAGUGCAAUCGUCGUCAGCAAGUGGUUGGCGUGCUGAAUGAGUUCUACGUUGCCACGUAUCUGCACCUCUACCAACUUUGGAAGACCCAACAGAAGACCAUUCUUGACUCUGGCUUUGUACUAAAAGAAGUGGAGCUGUUUGCCAAAAAGAACCCCAAGCAGAUGCUGCGGCGACUCGAGGUCUUCCUGAAAGAGAGGCGGGCCGGUGGAAUCCGCCGGGGGACGUCGCCAGAGCCUCAGGCCCAACAGCCCUCUCCCACCCAGGGGGCCCGAGCCGGGGCGGGACAGGGAGGCAAGGGGAAGGAGAUGCACUUCACAGGAGUGUGUGAACUGCCGCCAGACAUGGAGGGAGAGGCCAGACUCAUCUAAGCUAGACUCUGUGUUUCUGUAUGUGUGUGUGUGUGUGUGUUUGUGAGAAAGAGAGGGAGAGAGAGAUCCUGUUUGUGAGUACAUCAAUCACUGUGUGUGCGUGGUUUCCUCUCGGGGAGCUCAAGCCCCACCAGUCCCCGAUCUGGGACCUCUUAUCUGAACCUAUUCAAACACUUCCACUCCUUCCACUAACGAUGGGGUGCUGCACUUUGACCAGACAAAGCUUGAGGGUCUUUCAGAGUUCGAUUUGGGUUUUGUUUUGUAAAUGUUUCAUUAUUUUUUUUUAAACACAACAUGGAGCAGUCGUAUAAAGAGCUGAUGCCGGUCAGAAACACAGCGAUCGUUGCACUUUUCUGUGGAUUUAGUAGCCAAAUCGAUAGCUGCCAAACUCUUGGUUUAACUCUACCUUCCUAGAAGUCCAAGACACAUUUGUCCCAUAACAUCGCGGCGUGGGGCUCGGAGCGCCUUCUUCACAAGCUCGCCGUUCGCUCUCGCUCUAACAUGCAUCUCUAUCACGCGAGCUGACGGCUCAUAAUGCAUGUUGCUGAACACGCCGUUCACUUCGCGGUCAUGAGAGAGAGAACUAACACGUUCUCGCCCUUCGACAGAGCAAACGGGAAGCAGGUUUUCUCUCGGCGCGAGUGGAGAGCGUCGGAGAGGAAACCUGGGGAGGUGACGGAAUAGUUUGAGCGGGGAGAAGAAGAUGCCAGUCGAUGCCGCCCUCAAAUAUCUCACACCGUCGACUUUGAAGGUGUGAUUUGCGUUCUCUGUUGGAGCGUGGAUGAAAUGUGCAAGGAUGGUCCAGAUGUGUGGAGGCACAGCCAGUUGUUGGUGUCCUCGUGGCGUCUGUUAGACGUAGUCCAGAGCUCCCACGUAAUAUGGGGGGAUAUAUUUUAUAUAAUUUAAGAAAUAACAAUUUUCGACCUUUCUGAAAGGACCGCUGUCCAAACUCCACAGUGGUCAUAAAAGCAGUUCAGAACGUUGUCGUGAAGCUGAUGACCUUGAGAAGGGUUUUUAUGAAAUGUAACAAUGUAGGAAAAUCCCCCGAGUCCUCACCUGUCGGCAGUCGAAGCCACGGAGAAGCGUCUGGGUGCUCGGUCGGGUCCCGGCUGAAGCGGAAGGUCGGGUAUGAGCGUUCUCCACAUUACGUUUAUAAAGCAUGCGAUUGUAAUUUUAUUUGACCAGUUCAAAAUGUAUUCCGGUGUGUUUGUGCGAGAGCUGAUAUUGGUGAAGGGCGCCUCUUCUCGGAGAUGCACGGUCCAGAAUGCAAUCCCAGCUCUCACUCGAUGAUAAUCAAAACGAUAGUGCUGUGUGGCGAUAGAAAUCGUUCCUAACUUCAGGGUUUGUGCGCUUGUGCAAGCGAAUGUGUGUGUGUGUGUGUGUGUCGUAUGACAGGAAAUGACUACAGAUGGGGUGCUUUCCUCUGCACACAAUAAGCCAGCUUCACGAAGUACUUGAUCCAUCGAGCUGCAAAGACGGUACUUUUUUGUCAUUUAAAAAAAAAAAAAAUGGUACAUAACAUUUCUGAGGACACGAUUUAUCCCAAACCAAGAACACCUUCGUUGGUUUUGCUUUUUUAAAACGCAAAACCACAAAGUGUCGGUUCUGGACACGGCUGCGUUCAGCGGCUUUUGCGGCCUGGGAUGGAUGGAGCUCCUCGGCAAAGCUGGCUCCUGCUUCGUGCUCACGUGAAACCAUCUCCCAUCGGUGUAGUCUCAAUCUGUAGCAUGUUCAGGUAGCACUAGUACUGUAGCAUCUUAUAGGCUCCUCCUCCUCCUCGUAAAGCUCGUCGAUGUCGCGUCUCAGUUCCGGUCCGUCGUGUCGCUUUGGUGCGCAAGCUGUUACUCCUAUAGCACAUUUAUUUAGUGUUUGCAUUCACGCCUCCUUCAGCAGACGCACGUUUAAUUGGCGCGCCGUCUGUUUUCGGAGAGAUGUGGGAGAGGCUCGACGUGUCCUUGAGCUCGACCGUGUCUUCUAAGGAGGUCGCAGUUAAAACGGUGCCUCCAUCCAGUGGAGCCACGUGGGGGAGAGCGCUGGUUUAUCCUGGUUUCCUUUCUUUCGUUUGUCUUUCUUUUGAUCCACCGUGCCAUAGUAGACUUCCUCCAUUCAUGUAAUGCAGUAAACAGAGUUGAUGUCCCCCCCCCUUCUAAAACAUGCAGGCCUAAUGGAUUAUAUACAUCGACAUACACAAGCAUGUACAUUGUCCAUGUCAACAUCGACUAAGAUACUUGACCUUUGUCAUCGCCAUUCUCGACCGUAUAACUUCAAAAAUGAGCUGACGAGCUGAAAAUUUGCACUGUUGUAGAUAUUUGAUAGUAUGUGUGACGUAUGCAAGAGGAAAGCGGCCAUCUUCAAUCGCCAUAAUGUUCAUUGUCGCCCACCUCAUGAGACAGGCCCCUCCUCCCCCGAAGAAGAAUUGCACCGUGGAUAUGAUCUCACAUUUAGUUUUAUUCCAUUUUAAACUGAGGAGCAGUACAGUGUAUGUAAAUCAGGAAGUUUGUAUAUAGAGAAUUAAUGAUUGUAACUGUAUGAUUGUCUGUAGGGCAUUAUACUGAAACACAUUGCUUACCUCAAGACUUGAGACAAAUCUCCUUUCUCUCCUGAUAUUCGUUUGGCCUGUCAGUCAGACUCUCUUUUUAUGUUUCCUUGUACCUAGGCCCUCUCUCGUGCUAAUUGGACAUGUUAUAUAAUGUAUAUUCAACACCUGAAGCACUACGUAAUAGCAAACUAACACAAAAGCUGGUCAAUGUUGCGUGUAUUCUAUUUAAAGACACAUUUAUAGACUAUAUAAGCCCACACAUCUGCAGAUGGUAAAGUCCUUUUUUAAAUUAUCUAUAUAAUUGGCUGAUGUUUACCAUGUUUGAAAUAAGCUGGUUUUCUUGUGGCUUCAGUGACGGUACAGUAUACUUUUGCUGUGUUUAAGUGUUCGAUGUCCGGAAAACACCAGAAACAAUCCGGUCUUACAGUCACCAACAGUUCAAUAUAUAUGAUUGUGAAGAUAUAGACUUGAUAAGCAGUCAUAAUACGUCGUAUGCUUUGACCUUGGUAUAUAUUCAGUACCCAAACGAGACCUAAUUUAUCCUCUCAUAUUACCGAAAGUCAUAUUUUCAGCAGUUUUAAUAGAUCAUAUUUGUAUGCGUUUAUCAUUGUUUGGAAGUUGUGACACAGAACCAAGAGAAGAAGAAGAAAACGGGUUCUUGCAGGAUGUCGGAUGCUCUGAGGUGUGGUGUGAAGUUCUGCUUCCAACACGAGCACUUCUCUCAACAUCCUGCGCUUUAUAUGAAGGUGUUUUCCUGUUGCCGUCGUCAUGUCCCUCAGAGCAUUUUAUGACUUUACCUUGAUUGUAGAAGCCCUAUUUUAUACUGAGUUAUUUCAGAAUACAGUAUGUGCUGUUGUACAUUAAAUGUAUUGUAUGGAGAAAGCUAAAUAAAUGCUGUUUAAAAAUGAA